UUGGAGCUGUUGUUAUUCAACAUUUCGAAACGCAUUUGGUCAAAAAAGUUGAGCUCGCACUAGGGGAGGAACAGUUUAAUCUAAUUAAAGCCUCUUUCCUUGGUCCUAUUAUUGAACUAGCAAAAAGAAGUGGAGUUAAUUUUUCAGGGAAGAUUUUCCACUUCUUGAUGCAGCGAAGGUUGCUUUUAAAGGAGAAGAAUCUCUGGUUCACAUUUGACUCCCAGCCAAUGCGAUUCUCAGAAAGAGAAUUCUUGCUUACCACAGGUGUUCAGUGUGACCUGAUUGAUAGUGAAAUGCUUCGAAAAGGCAAAGCUCCAUCAAAAGCUCCAUAUUUCUGGACUCAGAAAGAGCAUUUUACGCUGGAACAACUCCAAAAACGUUUGUUUGAACCAAAUCAGCUGCAUCCGCUGGAUGCUGAAGAGAAACUGAGUCUAAAGAAGGAACAUUCAGAUCGAAAACUAAGUGACAUAGAACAGAAGGAAAUUGAUGAUAGGGUCAAACUCUGGGCUAAAAACAAGAACUUCAUUUUUAUGAUAUCAUCACUUCACCAGAUUAUUUGGUCCAAUAGUUCAUGGGAGACUGUUCAUCACUUCAAUUUGGUAAACAAUGACAAUGAGAUAGGUUUAGCAAAACGUAAAGCACUGCUUGCUUUACAUCCAGACAAACAACAUGGAGCUAGCGCCGAACAGAAGUAUCUGGCAACAAGACUUUUCAGCGUAAUAAAGCAUGAAUGGGAUAUCUACAUCAAGAAAAAGCAAGUGUGAAAGAAUGUAGUUAACAUAAGUUCCUUUCUUAUUGUAGUUAUCUUUUUAAACCAGUAUGUUAUUUUGUAAAACAGUGAUAACGAAUGUGUUUAUGGAACAGUUUAUUAGAUGAAGAAUAUUGUUA